AUGGCAAGCUGGAAGAGUCACGUGCGUGCUCGACUGCAGCAGAGAGACAGCGCUGAGAAACUCCCGUACGUCGGCGUCUUCACGAGCUUGUCCCAGCUGGAGGAACGUUUUGAAAUUCGCAAACAAAUUCUGGAUGAUGUUCAGCCCAAGAGUUUAGAACGAGGUGGAUCUGAAGUUGGGAAAAACAUUCGACUCCUUCAACUCCAACUGAGAGAGAGCGAGCACCUCGAAGAAAAGCUGUCUCAGACCGUCUCUGACCUGACCACUGUCCUCUUUCUGAAAGAGGCUGAACUGAAGUACUGGCACUCACGUGUGUCCCACUACCAGAAAGAGGCCCUCGCUCUGGCUAAAGGGAAAAACACCCUGAAGGCGACCCUUUCAGAGUUCGAGUUCACCAUCGAGUGUCAGUCCAAAGAGUUGGCCGCGCUGCGUGCCGAGCAGAAAGGAUUGAAUGAGGCGCUGGCUGAGGCUUGGAGAGCGAAAGAAGAACUCCUGCAGCGAUGGCUGCAGGAGAAGAGGGACGAGGCAGAGCGGUUGAAUAAAUGCAACGAGACACAGGAAAGAUGGCAACGUUUGGCCAAACGGCUGAAGAAGCGCCGCCUUGGAGAGAUGAGGAAGGAGCAUGUUCCCAUAGUGACGGGCUCUCCGAGUGGCGAAACAGAAGCGCCUACGUCAGUCAUUCGGAGUAAGAAUCGGCAUUCACUUCAAAAUAUGAAUGCAUAAUUUAGUAGGUGCAAUCAAAUGGCUGCCUCUUCAUUUGAAAUCAUGAGUUCACCUCAGUGCUGCAGACACGGCGACCCUCGGAGGCACCAAGCGCCUUCAUCAAGAGCAUCCUUAUGGCCUUCGUAAUUAGGAGGGCCGAGUUGAUGAGGUCAACACAAUGUUACGAUGAUCAACAAGGCACUAAUGGCGCUGAUGAGGACCCAUUUAGCCUUCAUCAAAUAACUCAGUGGGCUUUGAGGGAAUAAUACCACAAGUCAGCUCAAAACCAAUGCCUCAUAUUCAUGUUUUAAAUCUCCAAAUCUACCUUCACUUUGUUGGGACUUUUACUUUGGUGGACAAAGACAAUAAAACUAUGUUGUUUCCACCUGAUUAUCGGACAUUACAGACAUAAAAAUGUCGACACGGUUGGUGUUUUGCAGCGUGAUUCCAGUAUGUUUACACUUGAUGUCCUUAAAUGUGAUUCCUUUCAGGCCGAAAUGUAGAACUAGGGCUAGGUAUCAAUAUGGGUGCUUACGCAAUAACUUGCUUUGAAAAAUAUGUUUGGACCCUGGAUUCAACUGUUUGUUAAACAUAACCUGAAACAUGUGAUUCAACCUUCUUGUCAUGCUCAUCUUAUCCUCGGGGAUGAAUAACACAACAGAUGUACACCCCGGGCCCUCAGACCACAGCCAUGUCUCAGCGGUGGGAAAAGUCUAAUAUUUCCAUACGGAUCCUGGAGACGACAGUUCUCAGCACAAAGGUUACCUCGCAGUACAUUUUCCAUUUCUUUAAUAUUUGCUCAUAUUUGAGUACAGAAAUAUUCCUACGGAGCGACCCUUUAAAACCAAAAGUCGUGUUUUCUUAUCUGUUGUUUAAAUGAACCAAAAGAUUUAUAUAAAGAUCUAAUCUGUUCUCUACAUAUAUUGUUUAAUUUAGAUGUUCAUAAGAACGCCUACCUUCUACAUUUGCUGCUUUUUAAUAUACAUUCCCCUUAACCCAAUGUUGAUAACACUUCAUUUAUCUUAUCCCGUCUGGACUUUGUCCUGAUUACCAACCUCUCUGAAUUUUUUGUUAAAUCCUUCUACUUGAACCAUUUGAGGUGAUAAACUGCCGCAGUUGCAGAAUAUGCUGUUGUUGUAAAGUCAGGGCUUGUUGUUAGUGACUAUGUGCUUAUAUUUAUUUGUAAAGAAAAUCAUGUUUUUUUUAAAAUUUCCUACAUCAAACAAUAUAUUUGAAAAUAAAUCAAUACUUUUUAAUGUAUUAUAAUAAAUAAUUUGUAAUUAAGUGUUCUUAUUAAGAUGAAAAAACUAUCCCAUUUGAAUAUGUCAUUUUAUACACGUAUGUAUUGUUGUUUUUCUAAAUCCAGUCAUAAAAAU